AUGCACUGUGUGAGCAGAGGAGGCUGCUACCUGGUGAACUCCUGGUGUGAUCUUCGGGAGGAGAACAGGUGGAAGAAAGAGAGCUAUGAAGCCUGCUGGGUGAGCCUCGUCCUUGAAACCAGACCACAGUACAGGCUGAAGCUGUCAGAGAGCGACAGCAUUCGCAGAGAGAGUUAUAAACAGCAACAGGUGGCCCACUUCAUGGUGGAGAGGAGCCCCAGCCAGAUACUGAUGCUGGGCAGCAACAGUGGAGCGAUGACAAAGCACCAGCUACCCUUAUUCAACACCAGCAGGGAGGUGGAUCGUACCACAACCAGCUUUAGGCACACAGAAGAGCCUGUUAUAAAAGAGAAGCCGAUUGCUGGAGCAGAUAGACAGGGAACAGGAGCCACCAUAGAUCAAGAUCUUAGCAAGCCGGUUAGAGUGAACUUCAGGGCCUCGAGUCUGAUGUCCUCUCCCAGGGAAACCUCUAAUCGGGUUCAGAGAAGGGAGUGA